UACAAGCUGCUCACCUCCGCAGUCAUUCCCAGGCCCAUCGCCUUUGUUUCCACUGUCUCUUCGGAUGACAUCCCCAAUCUUGCACCUAUGAGCUAUUUUUCUCUGGUGAGCCCAUGCAUUACUCGCGUUCCAUUAACUGCGAUUUUGACCGGACUUUUGAAUAUUCAGAUUGCCCAUAAUCCGCCGUUGCUGAGCGUAUCUUUCUCCCUCUCGCCCGGAAAGCCGAAGGACAGUCGGGAAAACAUUCUCAGCACUAAGGAGUUCACUGUCAGCAUCAUCAGCGAGCCGCUUGUGGAGGCCGCGAAUGCCUGUUCUGUCAACGCACCGCCCGAUGUGGAUGAGUGGGUCGUCAGCGGCCUGACUCCGGAGUCUAGCGUAAGUGGAUGUCCCAAUUUAUGA